AAUACUUGGUAACCAGGUGGGGGUAUCCCUGUCAGACACACAUGACUGCAGCAUACAUUACAUAUCGCAUUACAGGGGCCACAAUACGUCAAUUUUACAGCUGUUAAAAAAAUACUUUUUUUGUUACAGAUGGCUCCUCGUAAGAAGGUUACCAAGACCCCAGCUCGUAUGAUCACCAAAGACAUUGGUGGUGAUAAAAAUGGCGGAAAAAGAACUGUCAGGAUCAACCGCAUGUCCCGGUACUACCCAACAGAGGAUAGGCCAAGAAAGUUAAGAAGUACCAAGACUGCUUUCUCUUCUCACAAGCACUCUGUCAGAUCCUCCAUCACACCUGGAACUGUCUUGAUUAUUGUGGCUGGACGUCACAAGGGAAAGAGGGUGGUAUUCCUGAAACAACUGAACUCUGGUCUUCUUUUGGUAACAGGUCCCUUCCAUCUCAAUGGGUGCCCUCUGCGCAGGAUCAACCAGAUUUACGUUAUUGCAACCAAAACAAAGAUUGACAUCAGUGGUGUGAAGCUGCCGGACAGACUAAAUGAUGCUUACUUCAAGAGACAAAAACUCAGGCGUCCCAGGCAUACUGAGGGUGAAAUUUUUGAUACAAAGAAAGAGGUGUAUCAAGUCAGUGAUGAUCGUAAACAAGAUCAGGUGGAUGUAGACAAACAGGUCCUCGAAGUUAUCCGAAAAAACAAGGAGAAGAAACUUCUGUUCGGAUACCUUGGUGCCAUGUUUUCUCUAGGGAACAAACAGUUUCCUCACGAAAUGGUCUUCUAAAUUAUAUGUAAAGUUCUUCAUGCCACAUAAAGAAGUUGGGAGAAAUCA